UGUGUUUUCACUCCAUCUCUCACGUAGAUAUGGCCGGUGGCUACCUGUGCUUCGUGAUUUCUAUCCUGUGCAUCGGUGUCGUGACGGCCAUCAUUGGAGACGUGGCGUCCCACUUCGGUUGCACGCUCGGAAUCAAGGACUCUGUCACUGCCAUCGUGUUCGUCGCCCUGGGAACGAGUAUACCGGAUACGUUCGCCAGUAAGGUUGCCGCCAUCCAAGACAAAUACGCUGAUGCCAGUGUUGGUAACGUAACGGGCAGUAACGCCGUCAACGUGUUCCUUGGUAUUGGUGUCGCCUGGACUAUUGCCGCCUGCUACCACGCUUUCCACGGAAACGAAUUUGCUGUCAAUCCUGGAACGUUGGCAUUCUCGGUAACGCUCUUCUGUACCGAAGCUUUCGUGGCCAUCAUAGUACUGCUGCUGCGAAGGAGUCCCAAAGUGGGCGGUGAACUGGGUGGACCGAAGAAAUCCAAGUACAUUACGUCCGCCUUCUUCUUCUCGCUCUGGCUUAUCUACUUGAUUAUGAGCAGUUUAGAAGCGUACGGCAUCAUCAAGGGCUUCUAAAUGUUGAAGUUGACGUUUUGCCAAACAAUACCACAGUGUCGCCAGCAUCGAUGGAUCACCGUUUUCUUGUUAGGGCAUCGUUUGCCCGUCUGUUCAGGAGAUUAUUGGAAACUUCCCCAGCAGCAGCAAAGCAGGCCGCGAGUCCCAAAUCAACAGACCAGAUAGUUAGUGUGUUUACGGUACCACGUGGUAGUUAGCAAAGAAGUUUAACUGACAUAAUUGUUAUGAUUUCUUCGGGUUGCUUUUCAAAGUCAAGAACCAAUCAAUUUUUCAUUUACCUUUUUUAGGUUUCAAUCAAUAGGAUCGAUAAGCUAGAAACACAGCUUUAGGUUAAGGUUUUCGAAACGUUUAAAAACAACAAACAAAAAAAAAUCGCAAAAAAUACUUCCCCAUCCACUGGAUAGACGAAAGGACAAGAACAAAUUGAAAAAGAAAACACAAGACAUUUUAGUUGAUACUAUAUCUGUAUUGUUAAUAUUUACCGUGUGGUGAUCGGUGCUUCUAAUUGGGUAGAUUUAACCUGCAAGACGUUUUGGUUUUGUUUACCCAGCCGAGAAGCACUCGGUCGCGAUACAUGAGAUGAAAAUGCCAAAUUGUUAAGAAUUAACUAUAUACAUGUAACUGAGAGAAAGUGAGCAGAGUGUAUUAGUGAUUAAGGUACUGUUUAACUAGGUUAUUCAAAGAAGGACAGAGUGUUAAAAACAUAACAAAGAGAAGAAAAACAAAGCCUAAGCGUUUGCCGUUUUCAAUGCGUCUUACGAAACGUUAUGUUAGUUGAUAUUAUUUGUUAACCGAUUCCGACAUUUUGCUCUUAUAAAAGGAACCUUCAGUUUAGGGUAACUGUUCAUUGUUUUAUGUUUCUGAAGCGAUUUAACCAUAAAGUGUACCGUCAAACGAUGCGACUUUGAAACAAUUCUAGUCAUUCACGGUUUUAUUUGACGUAUUGCUAAACUGGAUUUUAUUUUAUAUUUCUAUUAACAAUUCGAUGACUUGUAAAUAUAUGUUGCCCCAAAAUUUGUUAAGUUUUUACUAGGCGAACAAAAAAUCACAUGCGAAAAUAAUAUACUAGAUAAAUCAAAGCGAUUUAAAAAAAAAAAUCAAAACAUCUUUCCAUUUUCAUCCAUUAAUUAUACCAUGAAUGCCACAUUCGUUCAUUAAAAACUUGAUAUUUUAUGGCUUGGCGAUCCCGUAUGUUGAAUCAGGAAAAACUGAAACACUAAUCAUUAAAUCCGACAAUUGGCCGUCAUUUGGUUGAACGCCAAAACCCCAAAGCUCAUUUCCUGUAAUUUUACCAAAUGAUAUUGUUUUUUUCAAUGCUAAGCGGUAUUAACAUAUAAGAACACAAUCUCGUGUCUUUAUCGUUGUUCUUCGUGCAACCUCUUCACUAUAUUCAUCACCAAGAACAGCACGUAGCACUUUCUAUGCGUGUUUCAUUUUUCAAUAACAAAUAUUAUUUAAUAAAACCAAUUUGAACUAACCGCUGCAAAAAAAAACACCAAACAAAAACACUCCAAACAAGAGAGAAAAAAAUCUGUCAAGUCAAAGAUAAAUUUAAAGCAUUUUUACAACCUGUUUUCACCUAUUUUUUACAACAGGCUCUAGUGAGGCAGUUUUAGCUAUCGGCCUUUUUAGUCAAGAAAGUAAUUCAACGAAGAGGCAGUUUUUCCUGCUUUUAAAAAAUCUUGCCCUUUAAAGGACAUUUCAAAUCGCUCUAUUUAUCAAGCGGUCAAGCUUCUCUUGCCUGCUUUUACCGGAUGCAAUAGAAAACAAACCGAGAAAUAAAUUAAGGGUGUUUGAAAUUUCCCUCAAAGUCAUACGAAGCUCAACUGUUCCACUGAUCAAGCAAUCCUCUAAAAGCCUAGUGGCUCCUGGUAUUCCUUUUUUUUUGCUUUCAACCAUCACUAUAUAAUGCACCAAAAAUUUCCAAACCUGAAUAAACAAACCAAAACCGAUAACUGAGAAAUAAUUUCUUCCAUGUAUUUACGAAGUGAGUAAAUCACACACACAUACUUAGGCGCUAAGGAUUUUCUCUAGGUUGUUAGCACAGUUUAUCAGUUAGUUAAAUAGGAAUUAAAGUUGAAAAAAACGAAAAUAAUAUUUAUUAUGGUUGAGAGAAUCCAAAAGGCAUUGGCAACACGAACAAAUUCAGCAACGGCAAGCGUUUUAAUUAGGAUUUUAGGAAACUUAAAAAAAGCGGGAGACACAAGUAAACAGCAGUAAAAUGAGACAUGAUAUUUUAAAAACAAUGCAUAUUACAGAGAGAAAAAAAAGAACAACAAUUGAAAACAGCGAAAUAGUUUUCAUACACAAAAUGUACGCCAAUCGAAUGUUGUUUCUGUUGUUUUUGUUUUGUUCCAUCGAUCGUUAAUGAAAUUUUCCAAUCAACGAGCCAACGUUUGGUUAAAAGUAAGUAAGCCACCAAUGCCAAACGAAACUGCUUGGAAUGAAUGUAAAGUUUAAGAACUCAACCAAAGGAAGACGAAAAGAAUCGCAAAGCUUGGAAGCCUGGAAACAGAAGGUAUCAUUGUUGUUGUUCAUUUUCCGUUUUAGCUACCACAUUAUUGAUAAAAGAAAAAAAAACAAAUAAAUUAAUGAAAUGAAACCACCAAGCGUUUUCAGUUUUUAGCGUUGAAGAUAUUUAAAGAAGAUGGAGAAAUAAAAAAAAAACAGAAGAUAAACAUAUUUGUUGAUUAUUUAUUAACGAACUGUUGAGAGAAGCUUGUAAGCGUGUAACCUAAGAAUGCAAAUUAAAACAACAAUACAAUAAAGGAAAACCCAAAUCAGAGGAAACGUUCUCGAGCAAAACGUAUUUACAGAAUGUGAGAGAGAAACAAGAUGAGGAAAAAUAUCUAUAUUUUUAGAAACAAAUCAAACAAAUGCAUCACACUAGCGCAACGGAAUCAUGUUAGAACUACACACCAAGCAAAGCUGAUGGAAAACGAAAAUUUAUAUCAAAUACCGCUGUUUGUUAAACAAAUUCGGCUCCAACUAUAUCUUUCUCUCUUCUUCCCUCUUUCGAUGCGUUAAUAAAACUAAUAAAACUGAAAAGCGGCAUUUCCGGAAAGAACGUCCUUUGACAGAAGACACCUGGGAAUCAUUAAAACCUUCGCAGUUCCGUUUGCAUCAAGGUUUGUUGAAAGUGUUACCAAUGUGAUUGAUUGUAAUAGUGAGGUUUCUUACCGUAUUAGUUGAAUAAUUCCCAUCCCUUUGUGAAAUCAGAAUCGGACCUCGAAUCCUGAGUUCAGAGAUCGAAUUCAACACGUGACGCGAGAAAUCAACCGUUUUGUUUGUAGGCAUUCCCAGGCAUUGCAUUCAUUUUAUACGGAUUAUAUUUGUUCAUCCAUUGCUAUUUUUUUCAUCAAUACUAAGUUGGAAAAAAAAUAUUUUUCAAGAACUAUCUGUAAGAGCAUCUGUAUCAGUGGUCAGUCGGUUUAGAUCCAAAUUCCGUCCGAAGCAACCGCAUCCGUGGUCCAUUAUACCAGUUUCAAUUCAACUUUUUUUAGAGCACCUGUAUCCGUGCUAUGUGGUUUGUCUAUAGGUGGGGUCAACCAAAAACUUAAGUAUGAGUUCGUUGUAUCCAUACAGUUGUUUAUGAACGAUUGUAACGUAACGCGACGCCAUCACGGAGUUAAGUGUUAGGCCUCGUACACACUCGGCAACUUGAACUACGAUCACAGAGAACGGGCUCGAACAAAAAUGUAUAGAAUCCGUGUGUAAGAAUUCAAAUGAUCAGCCAUUUAAACCCUUAAAAUUGGCUUAAAACAGCACCAUCUAGUGGCUUUAAGCUUAGUAAUUCAGCGAUUUUGAUUGUCAACAUUUGAAAACACUUAAAUGUUGACAAUCAUAAACAACCCAAAUUUGACUUCCAGAUCGCAUAAAACAGAGUUUAGCUAGUUUUCUUAUUUUUGAGGUGUAGAAAAAGCAGCUAAAAAAAGUUGCCAACUUCAGUAACAUGCUCAUAAAAUGAAAUCUUUUAUCUAUCGCCAAUGUUGUCUCGUUUAGAACUUGUGUUGCACUGAGCCACUGGCUUUGUUUGAAGAAAGGAGCAAAAAUCAAAUGUUUAUUUGUUAGAAGAGAAAGGUAAGACAAAGUUUAAUCACUGCUCACACUUAUACUGUAUUUGUUUUCUUCACUCGUGGAGUGUUCCACCGUACCCGAUAAAAACAAACACAAAUCCUCGCCAGUGUAUUGCUACCUCGCUCACUCACACGCUCUCUCGCAACACUGGCAAAAUUAUCGGUGGGCCACCGUCCGUAAGCAGAACUCCGACAGGUCAAAACCAGUGCAACACCGUCCGAAUAAACAAACAGUUUGACAGCACCUAGUGGUGCACCAGUGCAACACUAGUGCAACACUCGGCAUAAACAAAUACGGUAUUACAUGACACUAAGAACCAAAAUUCGACCAUUUUCUGGCUAUUUUUUUGCCAAAUUUCGCAGGUUUGCACUAUUUUUCCGAUACAAAUGCCCUGUAGGAAAAAUGUACCUGUUUAGCCCGAUUUCAUUGUAGGAAUUGCCUAUUUUUUUAAAUUUGGAUGGCACUUUCUAACUGGGAUAGCAUUUCUUCAAAUCGAUCGAUGCGCGCUCUGGAAUCGAUAUUGCGUACUAAAUUAUCCAACAAACGAAAUCGAGUGUCCAAUCAGUAUGGUCAGUGGUUUAAUUAUGAGUAUGCAUACCAUGGUUUAAUAUGAAUUAUAAUUUCAAAAGGAAUUAUGUUAACAUUUGUAUAACGCAAAGAAAUGAAUGGCUGGAUGAGCUCAGUUAUGCGACUGAGAGCAAACUUUUUCGCCAAUUUCAGUCAUAACGAGGCAUUUAAAAACUAAUCAAUUGAAAACUUGCUACCCAUUAUCGUUUGUUUUCUGAUUCAUGGACAGGACUUUAGUACUUACGGAAAUAUUCUAAAAGCUCCAAAUAUCGAAUAUGGGUUCUUCAUCAGACCAAAGUAAUUGCAUCGAAAUAAUCCGGACAGUUUAUGAGAAUUAAAGGUAAUUGGAAAAAUUCCAAUGUUCCAUGAUCGUAGUGACCAAUACUACCGAGAUGCAAUUUUUUGGGGAAAAAAUAAUCACUGAACCAUUCGAUGAAUUUAAUGUAUUAUAAAAAUUAUACUAUUUUCAUACUCAAAAUACUAAAAAUUAUACUAUUUCAUACUCGUUAUUGAAACUCAUUAUUUGGUUUUGAAUGCUUUUGCCAUCAGUAGAGAGUGCUAUUUUCUGGGUUGGUUGGUUCUUACACACGCUUGGAGCUUCAACCCUAACGAGCCUAUAGUAAACAAAGAGACGAAAUGUCACGAUUGGAAUUUUUGAUUUUCUGUCAGUGUCCAAUCGAGUAAAACCAAGCAGUCUUAAAGGCAGCUUAACAGCAGGGUUGGAAGCUUAUUUUUUCGAUCCCUUUUGACUGCGCCUCUUUGUAUGUAGUCUCUUAAGUCUUAAUUCAACCCGAACUCUGGUUCUCUGAGCUACGACUUCGGUUGCUGAGAAUUUCCUGUUCUCUUCGGAAAGUGAUGAUCCAGACCUAAGAAAACAAUUGUAAAUAUUCAUUACGAGUUGACUCCUUAAAGUCUCAAGGUAUAAACCGUUUUAAAUAAAGAAAUUACAAAAAAAAAGAAAAGAUGCAUGUCUCAAGUCUCCCGACUAGUAUGAGAGAUUUUCAGAAACUAAAAUGUAAACAUAAACAAACCGAAAUCGCAGUUCAAAUUGUCGAGUGUGCAUCAAGGUUGCCGAAAACAAAUCUGUGUUUUUGAGAAAAAAAAUUCUUACUUUCUGUGAUUUUACCCAAAAAUUCUGUGUUGGUUUUCUGUGACGCUAUUUCCUUUAAUUUUAUUCAAAAUUCAUGAUGGGUCUUUUUUACAUUUUAGUUGGGAAAAAUCAAUGAACAUAAUCAAUCUCAUCUAUUUUUCCUAAUUCAAAGUAAAAAAUCUAAAUUUUAUACUGUCUUCGAAAUUAAUAAUUUUGGAAAUCCAAUCCAAAUUCAAUAAUUCUGUGAAAUCUGUGAAUAUUUCAAAAUUCUGUGUCCUGUGACACAGAUUCUGUGAUGAACAUUUGCUCAAAAUUCUGUGAAAUUACAGAUUUUUCUGUGAUUUCGGCAACCUUGGUGUGCAUGAGGCUUUAAACUCCCAUAUGUAGCCAUGGAAACUUAUGAGAAGGCAUGUUUCGAACACAGAUAAAGUUGUUUAUUAUAUUAGCGACCUGACCAAUCGAUGGUCAAAACCUCAAAACUUUUUCAAAUCAAAUCCAUCUGAUUUGAAGUCUUCUGAAAAGUUGUUCAUCUGAUCAAAAUCUUUAAUUUGAUUUCACUUUCUUCAUCUAGAUGUUGUGAAAUUUGAUCUAGAUAACUUUGUUUAUCUGAUUUUCCUUUUUAACUUGGAAGCUAUUUACUCAGUCGAUGUGCGUGAAAAUUUUCAUGUACUGGUUUUCAGGACGGUUAAAAAGAUAAAUGAUGUUUUGAGAUCCCUCCCGUCACAAGGAUGGGGGGCUCAUAUACAAAUGUUAUCUGAAUUUCUGCAUAACACUUGAAUUAAUAAUGUAAAUGGAUCCAAAUUUGUUAAUAUUGAAAUGCAUGUUAUUUUAACGCUAGUUAAACACCCAUCUCUUUUCUGGAAGAAGGCGAGCAUACGAAUUAAAUAUAAAAUUUAUGUAUAACUCGAGAAUUCAGCAAUCAAUCCGAACUAAAGUUGGGCAACCAAACCUAGGGAAAAAAAACUUCAGAAAAAAUCAAUCAAACUUUCUUUAAACCAAUAAAAAAACACGUGCACUAGGUCAGAACUCAGCAACAGAACAAAAAAGUUCAGAUAAAUAAGCCAUAAACUCAUAUUGGUACCUAGUAGCCAAUGGAUCAAGUAGGCUGUUGCUUAAUAUGACAGCGAUAAAACAUGGUUGCAUUGUUUUUUUUAAAUAUCCAAACAUUCAGUGUGUAAAUAAUUUAUUUUAUAUUUCUGAGUAAAACCUGAAGAUCUUUUUUGCCUUUCUUUCAGAAAGGUAUAGUUAUCGUUCGAUUUGUGAGAUCCUUAAUUAUGGGUCUUAGAUAUACCUUUAUAGGUAUGUAUCGAAUCAGCUCGACGAGUUCAGACGAUGUCAGUGUAUUUGUAUGUAUUGGUGUGAAUUUUUGUAAACUUUGUCACUACGUUUUUGCGAAAUUGGGCAGUACAAUAAAAAUGAUUUUUGUCUUAAAAAAUUUGAUUUUUUUCCCUCUUCAAUGUAUAAAAGAAAGAAAAAAAAACAAAAUAGUUUGAAAAAUAAAUUUUCAUAGUAAUUAUCAUCAAAUCAUCACUCCAAAAAACGUAUCCAUUUGGCUUGCCAGCAUUUUCCAACAAUCACUCAUGAAGAUGAUCGAAAACAUGGAGCGAUAAGCGCUGGGUACGCUUUGACUCCGUGUAAUUCCCCAUAAGGAAAACAGAGGGCGCUUCCAAUCGAUCGAUAAAUAUGAGUUUAUUGUCAAAUAGAUGUCUGUAAACAAAAUGUUAUAAUUUAUAUAUUACCAGUAAACGUAGAAAUUACAUAAGUAUAUACCAGUCCACCCUAAGGCGAACAGGAGCCAAAAAAUUAAUUUUGGGACUGUUACCCAAAACUAAAGUUCAUGUAAAGGGAUUGCACCGUGAGAUACAACCUCAAAUUCGAAUGACUCAAGCCGAAGGACUAGACCCUCACAUCGCAUAUUUCUAUAGUGAUGGUAAGUCCCGUCUCGCCCAACGAUAGAUUCUCAAGCAUAGAUUGCUCUGAGAAGGGGAAAACGACACGGGAGGGAACGCGGACGAUGUAUGCACACCAACUCAUCUUCUCACGUGCCGUUCGUGCUCAGGGAGCUUUUUCUAAGCACGAACGACAGGAGAGAAUUUCGCCCGUGGAAGCAAAUUGAAUCCAAUAGGACAAAUGCUACUGAAUCCUCUCGAGCUUUAAGCUCUCGGGCUUGGUUUUUUUUGUUCCCUUUUCUCUUCCUCUCUCCAGAUCUAACGUUGCGCGAUGAAAACUUUUCGUUCGCAUCGAAAAACCUGUGCAAUUGUUGCGUUGUUGUUGUUGGGGUUGGUGUCUAGAAAAAACGAGGACAGCUUGGAAGUCAAUCCGAACUUUCACUUGCUGGAGCCAGUGGAAAAUAACAACCAAACAGUAGCGCCACCAAGCCCUCCAUAGUAGAGUUUGAAGCAUUUGGUUUUUUUUUUAAACAUGCAUAUAAAGCUAAAAAGCUAAUAAUAAUAUUCGACAAAGUUGAAUGAAGAAAAAGAUAAAACUAUCCGAAUUAACCAUUUUGGCCAGGUGGACAAAAAGAAAAAUGACAAAAUUGACAAAAUAAAAAAAAAUGACAAAAUAGACCAAAUUGACGAAAUUGACAAACUUGACUGACUUGACAUAAUUCACUGAUUUGACAAAAAUGGCAAAAUUGACAAAGUUGACAAAAUCAUGAAAAUUGACAAAAUUUAUAAAAUUGACAAAAUCGAGAAGAUUGACAAAAUCGAGAAGAUUGACAAAAUCGAGAAAAUUUGCAAAAUUGACCAAGUUGACGAUGACAAAAUCGACAAAAUUCACUAAAUUGACAAAAUUGACAAAACUGGCAAAAUUGAUAAAAUUGACAAAAUUGACAAAAUUGAUAGUACUGACAGAAUUGACAAAAUUGACUAAGACAAAAUCGACUAAAUUCACUAUAUCCACAAAAUUCAUAAAUUGACAAGAUUGAUUAAACUGGCAAAAUUGACAAAAUUGACCAAAUUGAUAAAAUUGACAAAAUUGACAAAAUUGAAGAGAUUGACAAAUUGACAAAAUCUUAGAAAAUUGAAAAAAUUGUUAAAAUUGGCCAAAUUGACAAUCAGAAAAUCGACAAAAUUCACUAAAUUGACAAAAUUGACAAAACUGGCAAAAUUGACAAAUUUGACAAAAGUGGCAAAUUUGACAAAAUUGACAAAAUUGACAAAAUUGAAAAAUUUGGCAAUUGAAAAAAUGGCAAACUUACAUAAUUAAAAAUAUUGCGAUUUCAAAAUUUUCAAAAUUUUUGAUUUUCAAAAUUUAUUCUUCCGAUUUUCUACGUUUCGGUAUCGAAUUUUACUCUAGCAAUUGAAAUUUUAUCCAAUAAUUUUAUCUAUGUAUCCAUUACUUGAGAGGUUGGAUUAUUUGAAAUACAUGGUCAUGCAUCAUUUUUCAAAUUGUAUUCUUAAUUUUUAUACCCCUUCCAUUUUGAAGUUACCAUAUGCUAUAACUCAAAAAAGAGUAAAUUGAGUUAGAUUAUAAUGUCAUAGAAACGAAAUUUUACAAGAUAUUCCAGAAUCUAGUCAUUCAAAAAUCUCCAAUUAAAAACUUCAAAUUUUUAUUUCCUAAAUUCUUUUUGGAUUUACUGCGUAUGAAAUUCAUUAAUCAUAAUUCAUUUUGUGACAUAUGUACCCAAAUAUAAUUUACAGGCUGUAAGAAAGGCUACAAUCCACUGUCAAGUGUAUUAAAUCGGGUUUUUCCUUUUGAACGAAUGUUGUUGAGACAUAUUAUAGAGACAAAAAAAAGUUAAAUUAUCUUAUCUGCUUGUCUGAAAGUUUCUGAAAAGCCUAAAUUUAUGAUGAACUUUCGAAAUUUUUCAAAAAGGGGUUUUGGCCAAACUUUUAUAGGUCUUGCCCCACUGUGCCCCAUCGCAUAAAUAGCAAAACGAAGGCGUAGAGCAAAGUGUAGUAACGAAAGAAGAGCUUACCAUAUGUGCAGAGCAUCGAUGCACAAAGGCUUACUUUGAUCGGUUAGUUUUUAUUUUGGGUCAAUGGAUCGAUGGAUGAAGCUAUUUUACCAAGAGAUGACACCACUAGCGUGUAGAGCUGUCAAACCGCAUAGUUAGAAAAAUGACUCGCUUAACAUUUCAUAAGGGUGAAACUGGCAGUUGGUACGAUUCAAAGAAAACAUGUUUGAGAUUUCAAAUCAAAUAAAAUAAUUUUUAUUCCAAAAAUAAUGCUCACUAGUUGGUUCUCAAAAAUACUGCAUUUAUUCAGUAAGAUUCUUAUAUAAUUCGAGUUUUGCCCUCUCUUGUUUUUUUUUUUUUUUUGAAAGUUUCACCCAACUGAUCGUAAGGUGAUGAUGAGUAACAAAAGAUAACAAUCUCUUUUUUUGUUUGUAUUAUACAUUUAUCAAUUAAGAAUUAAUGAAUUACCUGAGAACAAACAAUCAAAUUUACUAUCCCUUUAUAUUCAUAAUGACUCAACUUUUCAUUUCAAGAUUUCUUAUAUAUUGUUAACUUUAUAAAAUUCCAAUACGACCAUCCCAAAAAUCUGACUCGUAGCUGUACCGCCCUUUAUUAGCAGAAAGUAUUUCGUUUUUUCCCCUAUCGGUAAAAUAAAUCAAAAGGCCCUUAAAUUGAUCCAUUGAAAGUAGGAACAAAAACUCAUCUAAGGAAGAAUUCUAUGCAUGUAAUUGUGGGAUAAAGUAUGCGAUGUUUUAUGUUGGGCAAAUUAAACGCAAAUAAAUCGAGACCGAACAAGGUUAAAAAAUCCCUGCAAACAUAAAAUCGCCUUAAAAUGAUAGCUCAAAUCGUUAACAAUGUUAAUGCGAAACGCAAUUCCUACCAAAUGAGUAAACGAUCGUAAAAAUCGAUACUUAAAGUCGGUUCAAAUCGUAUAUGAUAAAAAGUCCACCACGCUUGCAAAUUUGUUCUUCCAAGAGAGAUUCAAGUGAGAAAACAGCCUUGCUGUUCUUUCUGUCUGCGAUAAACAGUGCGACAAGAUUUCUUAAAAUCAGAUGGUUCAUUUAAGAAAAUUGUCCAAUGAGAGAGGCAGCAAAUUUUGUCGCUGGCAACAAAUUGCAUGCAUUGAGAGCAAAACUUGCGCUCUCUCGCGUACUUUCAAGAUGUACAAAUAAGGUGAUGAAUAUCGUCCAAUUUGUAUAAUUCUUAUCGCUUAAACCAGAAGUUGAAAAUAUGUAUGUAUGUAUAUUGCCUCCACUUUGGUAUAUGAAACGUAUAACAAAGUUUGUUGCGAAAUAUACCUACAAAAACGUUUGCUGGGAUGUUAGCUCUAGCGCCAAAGUUUCGGACAAAAUAUGCCAACAUUCGCGUUUAGUAGCCCAGUGGCAAGUGGGAGGUCGUGGUUCCGUGCCGAACACAAGUUCAGAAUUAAUUAGUACACCCUUUAAUCUUUCACACAAAAAAAACAUUAGAGUUGAGUAAACAAAUUUCGCUGAUUGGCCAAAACAUGCUUUCACAUUCAAUCGUUGCCACUUCGGAUCUAGUGAAGUUUGGGUCAACGUUCGGGUAUUUUUGCUGUGUAUUGUGUUUGCGCUUUAAUGGUAUUGCUGAACCAACACAUAACCAAUCCAAAAUGUCCUUUAGAAGAGAUGUCCGUUAAAGAAGCCUUUUUUGUGACGCGAGCUCCGUUCGCGAAUUUAAGUUUUGCACCCCUAUAGUGUUGCCGUAAGACGUUUUUCUACGUCAAAAAAUAGAGUUGAAACUGGUAUAAUGGACCACGGAUGCGGUUGCUUUGAUCGGAAUUUGGGUCUAAACCGGCCGUUUGGACCACAGAUACAGAUGCUCUGAAGAUUGCUCUAAGGCAACGUAAUGAAAUCGUGUUAAAUUUUCAAAAAAUAAAUAUUUCAAAAAUUCAGAGUCCCACCGACUUCUACUAGGCCGUUGAUAAUGAAUUUAUCAACUUACUUAACCUUUAUUUUUACGAAUUCUUUUUAAUGGAUAUUCAUGAUUUGUUAACAUGCAAUUUGUUUAAAUUUUUUUUGUACGGUUUUAUGCGCUCAGAUUAAAGGGCAUUGGAAACGCUUAUUUUUACACUUGGGUUGUUGAUGAAAGAUUUCUUAAUUUUUGAAAGACAAUAAAAAUGAUCAAUCUAAGUUUACACUUUCAACCGCUUCCCAGAGCUUGUGCAAUGUUGUGUUGCAAACAGCAUGCAAAUAUUUGACAGCAACACAUACACGUUCCAACUUAACUGCAUCUUUGAAUUAUCUCACCGAAUUUAAUCUCUCUUACUACAAGAUAUAUUACUUUUGUUGGAAUGAAAGCAAAAGGCCAACGAGACUAAAUAUAUGUACCAACGGCAAUAAAAAAAAACAUCAAACCUAUAACCUUUUCAAGUUAAUCCAAAAAAAAAACUAUCUAAUAUUCAUAACUAUAACAAUUUUUUUCUACAACUUUCGAAUUUACCUAUUUCUAUACCCUUCUAACUAUUUACAAUCGUAUCUGUAAUCAUUGAAAAUAAAAAUGAAAAAAAAAACCCGAAGGAAAGCAACAUUCUAACUGAAAAAUCUUUUUCGACGACAAACUCUUUUUCGUGCUAAGUGAACCAAGUUAUGUAUCAUAGGAGAACAAAGAAAACUGAAUCAAUCCAACUCGAUAACUAAGCUAUCCUGUCUGUACAUAUCGCCAUGUUUUAUAAACAGUAUAUUCAAAACUAAACUCUUCAAUCGCUCUCGUGUUAUCCAAUGGUUUCCAGUAUCCUGUUCAUUCGAGUCCUUAACAUUGCAAAACGUAAUCGAAAAUUUUUCCACGCCAUAUUUAUUCUCACUGCUAUCAAUUCAACAUUUACUUCAUUACGUUCGACCAUUGAUGAAGCAACACAAUGUAUAAGAGAAAUUACUGUAAAAUCGAAACUGUUCCCAAACCACUUCAACUCACUCUCGAUAAAUGUACCGCCAAACCUAUCCCUGAAAAUUGCACGAUACUGUAGAUAAACUGUUUAGGAAAACAAACGUACAACCCUAAAGCGAACCGAUUAGGUGUAGAUGGAAACUGUCUAGAAGAACGAAAAUCUAUCACUCGAACCUAGCAUAGAAAUCUUUUUAAACAUACCAUUUCGAUCCAAAGCUGGAAGCGUAAAUCACACUUUCCUUCGUGUAAAACAUUUCAGUGUCCAUCAUAACAAGCAACCAAAA